UCCAUGGCGGGGAUCUGAACACGAAGAUUGUGCUUUUCCCAGAAGUUGCUUUUAUUUACAUAAGAUGACACAGGAUCGGUGCCAGCAGGUCCGUCAGUUGCUUCACACCACCAUAUUUGCUCAGAGUUACUCCCCUUGUGGCAAAUUUUUAGCAGCUGCAAAUAAUUAUGGACAGAUAGCAGUGUUCAGUCUGGCUGUAGCUCUGUCACCAGAAGCCUGUACAGAAUCAUGUCUGCCAGUUUUUGUUUUCAAAGCUAAUGAAUCUGGAUCAAUAUACAGCCUUAUUUCCACAGACACCUUGCUGCUUAGUGCUGGUGAAGGGGAGAUCAGUGCAUGGAAGUGGGCUGACAUCCUUGGCAAGGCUCCAAAAGUGGAAUGGUCCUUGACUAUACCCAAAAAAGAUGUUUUUUCCAAUCCUGAAGUGAAUUCUCUGGUCAUAGAAAAUAGUGAGCAAGGAACUUCAAGACUGUUUGCAGGAUGUGGUGAUAACAAUGUUCAUAUUUGGAAUCUGGAAAGUGGUACUCUUGAGUCGACUCUGACAGGUCAUGAAGAUUAUGUACACUGUGUUUGUUUGAAGAACCAUGGUCGAGAAUGCGUGUCUGCAUCUGAAGAUGGAACCUGUAGAAUAUGGGAUACAAGGGCAUCACUGGAAGCUAUUCAUAUUCUGGAACCCUAUAAAAGUGAGAUGUGUUGUCGACCACAGCUUGGUAAAUGGUUGGCGUGUGUUGACAUGGAUUCAUCAGAAGAUUGGUUGGUUUGUGGAGGGGGACCACACCUCUCUAUGUGGCACAUGAGAUCGCUAUCGGCAACCACAGCCUUCAAGACGUCGGGGGCAACUCACUCCUUCGCCAUGUUUUAUGAUGACCAUGUUAUCUCAGGUGGAAGCCGGCCUUAUGUAAACCACUGGUUUGUUAAUGGUGACCUGAAAUCAGAGGUACCCUGCACUCCCGCCACAGUUUUCAACAUAGAUGUGAAUCACAAGUCAGAUAAAUACAAGGUGCUUACGGUUGUAGGAAGCAGUUCGAAGAUUGAUGUCUGCACAAACUUCGGCUACAGAGCAUUUUCCCUGAAUUUCAAACCAUUUUAACAUCUUAUAGCUCCACUAGCAUUUAUAAGAUCAUCUUUAACGUUGUUGGCAAUUCCAUAGAUUAUAAAAAUCUAAAUAUUCUUUAAGAAUUGAUGGAUUACUUGUAUAGAAUUAAGAGUGUUUUGAAGAUGAGUCAAACAUAUUAAUUCUAUCAAAAAAGACAAUACCGAAAAAUUAUUAGUCACAGGUUGUGAAAGCUUUUAUUUAUACAAAUAUAAUGUCAUGUGACUGUAAUUAAGAAAGUUAUUAUAUACUGCUUUUUAUCAACCCAUAUGAGCAUACCCAUCAUUCUGUCACUUGGGGGUGGGGGUUGGGUUGGGUUUUUUUUUACUUACAAUGAUGUAAAUCAUGAUGUAUAAUAAAUUGGUUUUAAACUUACAUGUCAUUGAAUAUUUUUGCAACAUACAGCAUUAUAAGAAAAAUAUGUUGCUAUCUCAAGGUUGGGCAAACCUGUAUUUGUAAGUAAAGCACAUUCUUGAUUGAAUAAAAUGGAAUAUUUUGUAGA